UUAAGUUAUUGUUAGCAUCUUUUAUGUUCAUUGACAGCUUAUGUGAGCAGUAUUUUGUUGACUCUAGUUAGCUUCUCCUAUAAGAUUUGUUCUGUAUAUAAACUCUUGUACAGUUCAUUCAAGAUAAUGAGAAAUACAGUUUCUCUUUCAAUUCUCUGUUUGGAUAUCAAAGUUCAUAUGGUAUCAGAAUGGGUACAGUAGCUUGUAGAAUCGAUUGCUUGUUUCUGUUAGCCAUUGAAAGUGAAAUUUGAAGAUGAAGGAGAGUAAUGCAGCAAGAGAUCAAAGCAUUAUGAAUUUCUUCUAGGAAUCAUUAAAGAAUCAUGAAACAAUUGAUGAUCAAUUUGCAUUGCAAAGCUCGGAUCACCCAAGGAUGGUCCUUGUUUCAGCGCAAUUAACAGGGAAGAAUUACAGAUCGUGAGAUUGCUCUUGGUGCCAAAAUCAAAUUAGGUUUUGUUAAUGCCAAAAUUGAAGCUCCAGAGGAAGGAUCUGAGGGGUUUGAAAGAUGGAAGAGGUGUGACUGCAUGGUCGCAUCCUGGUUGUGGAACUCUAUUGCAAAGGAUCUGGUUGGGGUAUUUCUCUAUGCGACGUCCUUGAAGGAGCUAUGGGAUGAAAUUUCAGAGAGGUUUGGUGGGAGUAACGGGCCAAUGAUAUAUCAGAUCAAGAGAAGGAUAGCGUUACUGAUGCAAGAAGGAUUAUCCAUUGCCAGUUAUUAUACAAAAUUGAAGGAACUUUGGGAUGAACUGGAAAAUAUUAGAGCAAUUCCAUCAUGUACAUGUGGAUCUGUGAAGAUUUCAACAGAGGUGCAUAACUGUGAUAAGUUGAUGCAAUUUCUUAUGGGGCUUAAUGGUGCCUAUGAUCAGGACCAGAAGACUAAAGCAGUGGUAGCCAUUGGGAAAGAGCAUGAAGGACUUUACAUUCUGGAUAAGUCUAGUUUUCUUUCAUCCACCAUUCAGUUUUAUCAUUCAAAAGUAAAACAUUUGCUUGAUUCCCUUGCUUUGAACUCUGUAAAUACCAGCUUCUCUAAUGUGAGUAUUAAUAAAGAGAAUUUUCAGUUGUUCAAUUCUGCUUAAACUUUAGAUUUUGCUAUACUUCAUGCUAGAUUAGGACAUUCAUCACUUCAGAAAUUACAACACAUUUGGCCCUUCAAACUUCACAUUGAUUGCCAUUAUAAAUGUCCUUUAUGUCCUUUAGCUAAACAAGCCAGAAUUCUUUUUCCUGAUAGUGAGAUAAAAACACAAUACCCUUUGGAAUUGUUACAUGUUGACCUAUGGGGCCCUUAUGCCACACCUUGUAUUUCUGGAGAUAGAUACUUUGUGACUAUUGUAGAUGACAAGUUAAGAGCCACUUCGACUUACAUGAUUAAACAUAAAGACCAAUGUAGCUAUGUUCUUACCAUGUUUCUCAAUUAUGUGGAAACCUAGAUCAAUGUCAAAGUGAAAAUAGUAAGGACAGAUAAUGGGAGGGAGUUUGUGAAUCAUCAGUGUUUACAAUUGUUUCAGUCUAGGGGCAUCAUUCAUCAAAAAAGUUGUCCUUAUACCCCUCAACAUAAUGGCGUAGUUGAGCGAAAACAUAGACAUCUCUUGGAUAUUGCUAGAGCUUUGAGAUUGCAAGCCCAUUUUACCAAAAAGAUUCUGGUCUGAGUGUAUUUUAACUGCUACAUACCUUAUUAACAGAUUGCGCACCAAAUUACUUUCUUGGAAAACUCCUUAUGAAUUGUUAUUUCACAAACCACCCACUUAUGACCAUUUAAGAGUGUUUGGUUGCCUCUGUUUUGCUGUUAACCUUCACCCACAUGGAGACAAGUUUGAUGAUAGAUCACAUAAGUGUCUGUUUCUUGGGUAUCCACCUAUAAAAAAGGGCUAUAAAGUCAUGGAUUUGCAAACCAAUAAAGUGUUUGUAAGCAGGGAUGUAAUUUUCUUUGAGACAAGUUUUCCUUUUAA